UAUAAACUCACUUAUUAGUGGUCUAUUAUUUUUUGCAAUACUAAAAAAAAAUGUUUGUCUAAAUGCCUAAAAAAUUGUAGUAUGUCUAGUUGCCACUGUUGAAGCAUUAAAUGACACCGACUUCAAUUGGCGGCAAAGUAAAUUUCUGACUUCAAAUCAAAUCAUCAAUUGCUUGUCUUAUCACAUAGUAUAUUUCAAUGUUAAGGCCAAGCAGCAAACAGUUGCUGCUGUACCACGAAUAAGAACUCAAAAAUUUGGCCCAGAAAAUAGAAAACAUCCCAGUAAAGCCAACAAUAAUUGAUUGGAAACUAAUGAGUAGUAACAUAAGUAGUAGCAGGUUAAACACCUUGAGAAGUUACCGUGGUAGCCAAGUCUUCAAGUUUAGCACUGCUACUAUCCAUUCUCACAAACCCAUUUGUGUAAAGAUCAAAUCAUUUUCACUUAGACGAGGGAUUGUGAAAGUGGAACCAAAACCAAGAAAAUGUUUCAGUUCAAAAGCUGUUGAUUUGUUGGAGAAGCUUGUGGUGAAGUUGUUUUAUGAUUCAUCACUUCCUCAUCAUUGGCUUGCCGGUAAUUUUGCACCUGUUAAGGAUGAGACACCUCCUACUAAGGACCUUCCUGUUAAAGGCUACCUUCCGGAUUGCUUGAAUGGAGAGUUUGUCAGGGUGGGACCUAAUCCGAAGUUUUCUCCUGUCGCUGGAUAUCAUUGGUUUGAUGGAGAUGGAAUGAUUCAUGGUUUGCGCAUCAAAGAUGGAAAAGCUACAUAUGUUUCCCGUUUUGUGAGAACUUCUCGCCUUAAACAAGAAGAAUACUUUGGAGGGUCUAAAUUUAUGAAGGUUGGAGAUAUCAAGGGUCUACUUGGAGUUUUAAUGGUAACCAUACAAAUAUUGAGAGAAAAAUUGAAAAUACUUGAUGUGUCUUAUGGAACUGGAACAGCCAAUACAGGUCUUGUAUAUCAUAAUGCGAUGCUUCUAGCACUCUCGGAACGAGACAAACCUUAUGCUAUUAAAGUUUUUGAAGAUGGUGAUUUGCAUACACUUGGUAUGCUAGAUUAUGACAAAAGACUAGACCAUUAUUUCACUGCUCAUCCAAAAGUUGAUCCUUUUACUGGGGACAUGUUCACAUUUGGAUAUUCACAAACACCACCAUAUAUCACAUACAGAGUAAUUUCAAAAGAUGGUUAUAUGCAUGAUCCUGUUCCAAUUACAAUAUCAAAUCCCAUUAUGGUGCACGACUUUGCCAUAACCGAAAAUUAUGCAAUUUUUAUGGAUCUUCCUGUGUACUUUAGGCCAAAGGAAAUGGUGAAGAAUAAGAGACUAGUAUUCUCUUUUGAUUCAACCAAGAAAGCUCGUUUUGGCGUCCUACCUCGGUAUGCUAAGGAUGAUAAACACAUAAGAUGGUUUGAAUUACCAAACUGCUUCAUAUUCCAUAAUGCUAAUGCUUGGGAGGAGGAGGAUGAAGUUGUUUUGAUCACGUGCCGCCUGAAGAAUCUAGAUUUGGACAUGGUCGCUGAGGAUAUCAAGGAUAAACUUAAAAAUUUCUCAAAUGAGCUGUAUGAAAUGAGAUUUAACAUGAAAACCGGUAAAGCUGCUCAAAAGAAACUAUCAACAUAUUCUGUAGAUUUUCCUAGGGUGAACGAAAGAUACACCGGCAGGAAACAGAAGUAUGUAUAUGGGACCAUAUUAGGCAGCAAUGCAACUGGGAUUAUAAAAUUUGAUUUGAAUGCCGAACCUAAUUUUGGAAAAACAAAGCUUGAAGUUGGAGGAAAUAUUCAUGGUCUCUAUGACUUGGGACCAGGAACGUUUUGUUCUGAUGCUAUUUAUGUCCCACGCGUCCCUGGAACUGAUUCCGAUGAAGAUGAUGGAUACUUGAUCUUUUUUGUACAUGAUGAGAAUACUAGGAAAUCGUCUGUGCACGUCAUAGAUGCCAAAACAAUGUCAGCAGAUCCAGUUGCAGUUGUAGAAUUGCCUCAAAGAGUUCCAUAUGGUUUCCAUGCUUUCUUUGUGACAGAGGAUCAACUUCAAGAACAAGCUAAAUUGUAAACUUGUGGAUAACCUCAUUGCACGAUAUGGAGUAGAGUUUCCAGUUUGUUAGUAUUUGCAAAAGUGAACGGAACAAAAUGAACUGUGCAUGUUCCUAUAUCUUCUUUAUCUCUUACAACUAAACUUUUAUGUGUUAUGCUUGUAAAUUUUUAAACUUAAUUUUAAAGUCACUGUUUAAA